AUGUCUACUGAUAAGAAGCAAGUACGUCAAUAACGUCGACUCAUAAUCUCAGGCUACGAACACUCGUCCCGCCGAGAAGAAUGCCAAAUAGGUGUUUUGGCAGAUUUUGAAUGAUUCAUAUUGACCCAGGUAUGAAAAACAGCGCCUUGGUGGGAUUCGAACCCACGACAGUAAUGGAAAGGCUUUAGUGCAGUCAACGCUUGUAUCUCAGGUGGUUAGAGCGUUAGCUGGGCUAAAACCUUCCCUUUGCUGUUAUCCGUUUGAAUCCCACCGAGGCGCUGAGUUUUCCCCAAUCGGGUCAAUAUUACAUUCCAAGUAGGUCAAAACUGACCUGGACAGUUCAUGUUGUAGUACGCCAUCGCAUGUGAAAGAAGCAGUGACAUUGCAGUUGGAAGGUAAGAUAGAUAGAUUAAAAAUCUCGUUGCUACGAACUUCGAGUGAGGAAAAAUAAAUUUAAACUGUUCGAGACUUAAAAGUGGGCGGUCAAAAUUACCUGCGAAUGAAGACGAGUUUCUGUUUCCUUACACGAAAGUGCCCACAUAUUUUAGUAGUUGGGCUGGCUAAACAUUUUUGGUGCAGUAAGGAAUGCCGAGAAAGACAAGGGAGACUGGGGUGGUUGCUUCUGGUUUAUUAGUCAUCGCCAGCAAGUCCUAUCUACUCCUAACCUUGAAUAAUCUGGGAUUUGAACCCUGAUUCUUUGAUCGGUGGACGUCUUUAUAUAUUUGUGCUCUUAACUUCGUGUAAAGUUAAUGGGAUUUAUUCUCCAGUCACUGAAGACAAGGUCAUGAAAGGAACUUGAAAUAUCUUAGGUUUGUUUGAUAUACUGUACAUAGCAGGCGAUGAAUUCGUCUCCCCUUUGCUAUCAUAGUUUGGCCGACUUCGGCAUGGUAGGUGCUGGCCUGUUCAUGAUCCCUAUCACCUAUACGAAGCUUGUUUGCUUCGGGAAGCUAAUGAGUCGGUGUGCGCCCAUUCCUGGGUGAAUAUAUAUGUAUAUAAAUCAAUGGCAGAUUAUGCUCCGGUGAGAGUGAAGCAGAGGGUUGGUAUAAUUAUCAAACGAAAUACUGCCUGCUACGUGGGUGAAUUAAUCUUAGAUUCCACUUCCUACUGCGUAGCAAUGAAAGGCCACUUAAGCGACUCAUUUCAUAUGUGCUCACGGCCGCUGAUUUUCAUUAAGUUGAUGUGCUACGAGAUGUCCUACGGAGGCGCGCUCGCUAUUUUGAAACGGCUAUCAGGUUACGCUGUAUCUCAGUGAUCACACCCUUCAAACCUGAUGUGAAAGUGCGUUGCGCCAUUUCCUAUCGUUUUCAUCCCUGAAAAUGAACGCGAGUUCAUUUCCGGACACAUACACGCCCUAAAAGCCCGCAAAAUUGAAAUAAAGCAAGAUUGCAGAAAAGUAUCAUCGAAAUAUUUAAAGAGGAACGAAAUCCAGAUUAGGGGCAUCAAUUCAGAGACAUUUAAAAUGAGACACGAAAACUCUUUUGAUUUGGAGCAGGCAGGAGAAUCAAAUAAGGUCAAGCUAAAAUCGAUGGAGUUCCGUUUCGGCUUCCGAACUGGCUUCUGAGGUGGGAGACACCUGGUUCUGUUGCGUCGAAAAGUCCCGGUGGAUUCUGCAAAGUUGGCAGGGACAGCAGAAAGUGGAGGCGGCGCAGUCUUUCCAGAUUGUGCCCUAUACAGGGAAAGACAGUUAGACAUUUGAAACUGAUUGAUGAUGAUGAUGAUGAUGAUGAUGAUGAUGAUGAUGAUGAUGAUGAUGAUGAUGAUGAUGAUGAUGAUGAUGAUGAUGAUGAUGAUGAUGAUGAUGAUGAUGAUGAUGAUGAUGAUUGUGGCGUUGACGGUGUUGGUAAGGGCAAUAUUAGCAGAAGAAGAAGUAGUAGUAGUGGCGGUCGUGGCGGCGGCGGAGGCGGCGGUGGUGGUGGUGGUGGUGGUGGUGGUGGUGGUGGUGGUGGUGGUGGUGGUGGUGGAUCGUUGGACUUCAAACCAACUAAACACGCAGGGGAUUAA